UAGUAUUGUUUAAUGCACGGAUAUUCCGUUGGCGGUAUUACGUGUAAGCCUAUGGAGAUGUGUUAUAUAAGACCAAUGUUUGUGCAGUAAGUAUCGAGGGGAUCACAGUAACGUCUUUGAGAAGAUAGCACCAUACAUUCAAAAUGCCUGCUAAAUACAAAUUGUCUUACUUUGCUGGUAGAGGAAGAGGCGAAGUUCUUCGUCUUUUAUUUGCUGGAGCUGGUCAAGAGUUCGAAGAUGAGAGACUGGCAGGCGAUGCAUGGGCAGCGCUUAAACCAAAAACACCAUAUGGUCAGAUGCCUUUAUUAACGGUAGAUAAUAAAACCAUGAUCAACCAGACCGGUGCUAUUGCACGGUUCAUUGCCCGUGAAUUUGGACUGUAUGGUACCAAUAACUUGGAAAGUUCCAAGUGUGACGUCAUCUUUGAGACCUACAACGACGUGUUCACGGAAAUGGUCAAAGGUUUUUUUGAAAAAGAUGAAGCAAAAAAGGCUGAAAAUGGUAAAAAAUUUAAUACAGAAGUUUUACCAAAAUUUUUCGCAUUUAUGGCCAAGUUAUUGAAAGAAAAUGGUGGAAAAUGGCUCGUAGGAUCUAAGCUUUCACUUGCAGACGUUGCUUUCUUUGACAUGGUUGAUAAAAUAACCGAUAGUAAAGGUAUGGGAGCAGAUUUAUACAAAGACUUUGCCGAAAUCAAAACGUUUUACGAAAACGUGCAGAAAUUGCCGAACAUGAAAAAAUAUUUAGAGAAGCGACAACCAUCUGACUUUUAAAUGCAGCAUUACUCAUCAUCUUCAUUGUAUAUGUGCAUAUAUGUAUUUUGUAUGUGUAUUUAAACCAAAACAUGGUUCAGGAACAAAAACGGACUAAUUUAUGCGAUCAAAUUGAAGGGGACCUUUACAUUGGAUUGACUAGAUUACAGUGCGUUCUUUUUGUACUUAUUUAUUUAAAGAAAUGGGGUACUCUUUAUAUUGUUUUACAUUUAUAAAAAGUUCACUUUAUUCUUUUUUAUUUUAUAGUUAUUGAAAUGUUUUCUCUCUUUCUGUUUACAAAUUGCAAUUUAUUGAAUUAAAAAAAAUCUAUGACGAAA